AUGUCGAUGACAAGUGUCAAAGUGAGCAAUGUCUCUCUAGGAGCGACCGAGCAAGACCUCAAGGAGUUCUUUUCCUUUUCUGGCGACAUUCUGUACCUCGAGACACAGAGCGAGACAGAACGUACCAAACUGGCGUAUGUGACGUUCAAGGAUUUACAAGGAGCUGAGACAGCCGUUCUCCUCUCGGGAGCAACCAUUGUUGAUUCUUCCGUCAUCGUCAGUAUGGCCCCGGAGUACCAACUAUCUCCUGAAGCUUUAGCUUCCUUGGAGCCAAAGGACAGCAGCAAAUCUCCCAGGGCGAAUGAAUCCGUGUUGAGGAAAGCAGAAGAUGUUGUGAGCAGCAUGCUAGCAAAGGGAUUCAUUCUGGGAAAAGAUGCCAUAGCCAAAGCCAAGAGUGUUGACGAGAAACACCAGCUCACAUCCACAGCAUCAGCCAAAGUCGCAUCUCUCGACAAGAAGAUCGGUUUCACGGACAAGAUCAACACCGGAACAAUCGUCGUGGGAGAGAAAGUCAGGGAAGUUGACCAGAAGUACCAAGUCUCGGAGAAAACCAAGUCAGCGAUCGCUGCAGCGGAGCAGACGGUGAGCAACGCGGGUUCGGCUAUCAUGAAGAACCGGUACGUUCUCACGGGAACCACUUGGGUCACUGGAGCUUACAACAAAGUGGCUAAAGCUGCGGAAGAAGUCGGACAGAAGGCGAAAGAGAAAGUUGGUAUGGCUGAGGAAGAAGACAAGAGGAAAGUGGUUGAUGAGUUUGCUAGAGUCCACUUGUCUGAAUCUGAAUCACCAAAGGCGGUAUCGUCAAAGCAAGAAGACGAACAUGAAUCGAAACCCUCUGAAUCUCCUGAAGCGAAGAAAGAAUCUGAACAUCAUGAGCCACAGCCGCAGCAGCAGCAGCAACAGUCUCCUCCACCUGUGGCUCCGGCUCAGCCUUGA